GAGGAGAAACUUAGCUAUCAGUGUGGCAGGGUCAUGAAGAGGAGGCGGUGGCGGGAGAGCGGAGGAGGCGGAGGGGGCGCGAAAUUGCGGUAGCCAGCGCUGGGCUGGUGAUUGUGGCCGUGUGGGAGGCCGAGGGUCCGAGCCCUCGGGCAGCGGCCGGGGCUCUGGGCUGAGCACGGCUGUGGAGCCGCCGCUCCCGGCCCCCUGGCUCCGCCAUGUUCCGCAGGGCACGCCUUAGCGUGAAGCCGAAUGUCAGGCCUGGUGGAGGCUCCAGGGGCUCCGCCGCUCCUAAUCCCCAACGUGUACAGGAGGCUCCCAGGCCUCCCGAGCCUGCCACCGAGUCCGCUCCGAAGCCAGCGGAGCCCACAGAUGUGCCUGCGCCUGCGGUGGCUUCCGGAGGAGCGGAGCCCCAGGAAAAGGCUCCCAGGAGCAGUGAUGCAAAGACUGGUGAUGAAAAUAAUGUUGAAGAGUCCAGCAAACCAUCCUCUACUGUUUCUCAGAGAAGAAAGCGAGUGCCAAGCACUUCUAGUCUUGCGAAGCCUACUGUCAGUGUUCCUUCACAGUGUCAACCCUUGUCUGCAGUUAACCACGAUGCUCUGCAGCCCAGCCCUGCUCCAGCUAAAGACAAGCCCCCGUGUUCAGAUAGAUACCGAAUAUACAAGGCCAGGAAACUGAGAGAGAUGCUGAAAGAAGAGUUGAGAAAAGAGAAGAAACAGUGGAAAAACAAAUUUGCUACAAAUGAAAGCCAGAGGCCACCAGAUCGUUCAAAAAUGACCAUGAGAGACUUCAUAUAUUACCUGCCAGAUAACAAUCCAAUGACUUCUUCAGUGGAACAAGAAAAGAAAACCGAAAAAUCCUUGGCUCCUACCCCGGCAAGAGAUAGGCAAGACAAUCAGAGCACUCAAGAUGCUGAUGAUAAUGGAGACGUGGAAGAGAGGGCGGAUGAUGGGCCACUGCUGGUUCCUCGAGUAAAAGUGGCAGAAGAUGGUUCUAUUAUUUUAGAUGAAGAAAGUUUAACUGUAGAAGUUUUGAGAACAAAAGGUCCCUGUGUUGUUGAGGAAAAUGAUCCUAUAUUUGAGCGUGGCUCAACAACCACAUAUUCCAGCUUCAGGAAAAACUAUUAUUCAAAACCAUGGUCAAAUGAAGAAACAGAUAUGUUCUUUUUGGCCAUCAGUAUGGUAGGAACUGACUUUUCUAUGAUUGGACAACUUUUUCCUCACAGAGCAAGGAUAGAAAUUAAGAAUAAAUUUAAACGUGAAGAAAAAACAAAUGGAUGGAGAAUAGACAAAGCCUUUCAGGAAAAACGCCCCUUUGACUUGGAUUUUUUUGCUCAUUUGCUUCAGAAAGUUCUUGCUGAAGAAGAAAAAAGAAAAAAAUCUACUAAAUGUCAGAGUUCAAAGGAAAAGUCUUCCAAACCACGGAAAAACGUGCAAGCAAAAAAGGUAACUAGUGAGGAAGUGAAUGAUGAUCCAGAUGAAUCUGUAAAUAGUAACAGUUCAGAUCCAGAAAGAUCUCAGAAGGAUACUCAGACAGUUGCUGAAGAGGAACCACCAACUUCGACAGGACAGGAUUUAGAACAAACCAUGUUAGAACAAGAUCAAAAUCAAGAGAAAAGGAGGAGGAGGAAGAAGCAAAAUGAAACUAAUAAGCAGGAAGCAACAAAUCUUGUAGGAAAUGUCCGCGUUCAGUCAAGCUCUCCUGAAGCAGAAGUACACAAGAAUACAAGUCCUGAGGAAAAUGAAGGCGAAUGCAAUGAGGAACAGACACCUUCUUUCCCACGGUGCAUAGACGACAUUGCAGAGUCAUUCUCACCCUCCAGUGAAACGGUGGAGCUGAGAACUGGCUCCAGCCCCUCCACAUGUAAUCAACAAGAUAUCAUGCCGCUAGCAAGUGAGUCCUCAGAGUCAAGUGCUGCAGAUUUGCCUUUGUCAGAAGUUGCGGGUGCUGCCUCCUGUGAAGUAAAUAAUGCUGGAACAGAAGAAAGAAGCGUUGACCUAGAGAAUAGACCACUAGAGACUGAACAAGCAGAAAAUGUUAAACCAAAAUCCAGAAGUCGACUGCAGAGACCUAAACCUAAUCUGUCCAGGGCAGUUGGGAAGAAGUCAGUUGUUUCUCAAGAUACACAAGAUGAAAGGAGCAAAAUCUCACCUUCAGAAACUUCAGCUGAAAAGAAUCAUGUGGAAAAAGAGAGAUUGAAUGUACCUGAAAAUUUUGGGACAGAGAAUACAGAAAGAGAGAACCUAGGUGCUGAAACUGUGUCCGAUUUGAGUGAAAAGUCUUGUGUACAGGAACCAAAGGUCUUAAGACCUGCGCGUCUAUUGAGGGGCCGAAUGCAAAGACCAAGGCCUACCAUACAGAAAGCUACAGGAAGAGAAGAGACUCCUACACCACAGGGAAAAAUUGGGGCCCAUGUAGAGAAGGAUGAAGAUGAAUCCUGUGUUGAUAGAGAGCAAAGUGAAUCCUGUGUUGUGAUUCCUGAACAAAUGGAAAAUGAGUCAUUUAAAAACCUCCUGUGUGAAGAUGUCACAUCACAGCCUGAAGAGAAGGAUGCUUCAGCAAAUGUGCACUCUGAUGAGCCCAGCAUUCUUAAUGAAUGUCCAAGUAUUCAAGAGGACAGUAAAGCAAAUAAACUGAAGCAAGCUCCAGUUCUAAGGAUGCGAUUUCAGAAACCAAAACCCAAUACAGGAAGAAAAAGAAUGACCUCCAAGGAAGGGGUGUCAGAACAGGUUCCUAUUUCUGGAGAAAUAACAACUUUGGAAGAAACUGCAAAACCAGACUCUUCGCCAAGGAAGAAGAUGCCAAUUGUGACUAUUACUGUUACUCCUGCCACUAACGAAUUGGAAUCUGAUUUAAAAGACACUGGAAAAAAUGACACAUCUUUUAACAUGAAGAUGUCAGAAAUGACAGAAGUCACUAUGGAAAUGGAGAUAGGUUUGGAAACAAUAGAGAGAGAGAUUUCCCCAGGGGAGACGGGAGCAGAAAUGAUUGACAUCCCUAUGGAAACAGAGAUAGGUUUGAAAGCAUCUUUAAAUGAGAUUUCUCCUAUGGAGAACAUGUCAGAGUUGAUUGAUACCACAGAGGAAAUUUAUACAAAUUUGGAAGAAACUGGAAGAAGAGAAACAUUUUCACAAGAAAAUGGCCCCAAGGAGGUUAGUCCAAUUAGUGAAAUGGAGACAGACUUGCAAGAAACUGGAAAAGAUUUACCCACAGGAGACAGGACAACAGAUAUGAUUGAUGGCACUGAAAAAGGGGAGGCAUAUUUAGAAGACACUGAAAGACGAGAAAUAUCUGUGCCAGUAGAGGAGACAGAGGAGCCCAAAACCAUGGGUGAAAUGGAAACACAUCUGGAAGAGUUCGGAGAAAAGGCAGUGGGAUCCCCAGCAGAGCAGCUGGCUAGUGAGCUGGAUGUGUGCAGUAGCACACACGAAGAAGAAGCGGGGGUAGAGUUGAGUGCUGUGGAAGAAAAGAAGCUUGACCUGAAGGGAACUGGAGAAAGAGACGUUUCCACGACGGUCAUGGUAUCAACAGAGAUGACUGCCACUGAGGAGAGUAGUGGAGAUCUGAAGGAAACAGGAGAGGCUUCCAUCUCUUGGGAGAGAGGACCUGGAGAGAUCCGUGUUGGGAAGCACAUGGUGGCAGACUUAGAAGAAACAGAAAAAGUAGAUAUUUCUCCAAGAGAGCAUGAACCAGAGGAACAUAGCUCAAGGCAGCUCGUGGCAGAUGUGAUUCAGAGCAGCAGUAAUGACAGCAGCCCCGGGGUUUCAGUGGAUAGAAAAAAUAUUAGCAAUAAAAUAUCAGUGAUGCCUACAUUUGAGGAACAAAACGAAAACUCUGACAUGGAAGUAUCAAGUCACUUAAGUCAUGUGAAGUCUUCCCAGAAUUCUGCAGACCUUGAAACAGUUGCAGCGAUACAGCCUGCAGAUGUCCUGGAGCAGUUUUCUGGUACUAGCCUAAGCAGAUCUCUUCCUCAAGAACCGAAGCCACUCGAAGUUAAACCAGCUCCUUUUCUGAGAAGUCGAUUCAAAAAACCAAAACCAAACUUGUCAAGAGCAGCCUUAAAGAGAGCAACCCCAGAAGCAGAGCAUCGUGUACCUGGGAAGAAGUCAGAAGCAGACACAGUGGAGACAGUUGCGUUACAGCAGGACAGUGAGCAGUCCGGUUCUCUCUCUUCUCAGCAUGAGGUGCCUUUUCUAAUGACAUCAAGAGAAAAUGAUAACCCGCGUCAGGAGGAGGUGGAUGCUGUGAUACUGCCGAGCAUGCAGACUGGGAAGGACUCUUCCAUACCCGAUUCAUGUGAACCCAAAGAGGAUUCUCAGUCAACACAAAAGCAGGAAAAUGGCUUAGUUGUUCCUGUUGGGACUCAGAAGAUGAACAUGGUCACACAGGAAACAAAGCAAAGUGUUGGCCAUGCUUUCCCAGUGAGAGGUCGACUUCAAAGACCAAGACCAAACGUACAAAAGGCCAGACAGAGGCAAAUAACAGAAAAAAGUGAAGCUGAAGGUGUAGCUAAGAAUGAAGGAUCAGAGCUGCAGAAAGAUGAAACGAAAAAAGUCCUGACAGUGGCUAACACUCACAUUGAAGGUGAAGUUGAAGCUAUGUCCCUUGGAGUUUCAGAGUACACAGUGAAUGAAAGUCACAGACACGUGGUUCCUGUAGAUGAACAAAAAAGGCAUGAAAAUGAACCUCAUGUUCCUAGUCCAGCACAGUUGUUAAGGAGACGAUUCCAAAAGGCUAAACCAAAUUUAGGAGGAGCACACCAUAGGAAAGAGCAACCAGUUGUCGAAAAAGGCACAACAGACCAGAGCACAGACCCAAAACCAGAAGACCAUGAGCCACAGAAAGGAGACUUGGACAUCCAGCUUCCUCUAAAAGAAAAGACAGAGAUUCUAACGCCUCUGGAGGUUUCAGCAGGAAAAGAUUGUAUCGUUCCUGAAGCAUCAGCAUCUCCCACUAAUGAUGCUCAGCUGACAGCUGUACCAUCAGGAGGUGCAAGGGACGAGAUUGUGGAGGACCAUCCUACAUCAUCUUUGGGGCUUGAAGAGCAGGGUCUCAGUAAACAAAUUAGCAGUCCACAACUAUUGAAAGAAUCAAAUUGCUCCAAAACUGCUGCGCAUCGAAGAACACCUCUCUCUUCUGCCUCUGAGUGUGAGACAGAUCACAGUGGGAAAAGAGCACAUAGAAAGAUGAAAUCAAAUGUGACCAAAGGGCGAGGACCCAAACGAAUCCGAGGUAAGACUGCUAAGAAGGAACCUAGAGCUUCCAAGUCCAUGUUGGUGACUCUUCGGGCUUCUCAGAAAGAGGAUGAAGAGGAUGCUGAGGAUUUUGAUUCUGACUUUGAGGAGGAAACCUAUCAUCUUGCCCCAGAAGAAUUAAACAAAGCACCAGUGUUUGUACCUGUUGGUCUCAGAUCCCCUGAACCAGUGUCUGCUCAGAUCGAAGAAACAAUGGAAGAGCUGGAGAUAACCAUGGAUGUUGCAGACAUAGGAUGUGUAACGGUUGUUGAGCAUCAGCUUUCAAACACGGAUCCAACAACUGAGGAUGUGCAACCAGAAGAAGAUUUGCAUUCCCCAGCAUUUGAAAUGGUCAUAGGUGAACAGACCCCAGAAGAACCAGGUUCCAGUGAUGGAAGUGCCGAAGCUGCCAUAACUUUGCUUACAAUGGGAGACAUAGUAUUGCAGUCGGAGAUCAUCACUGAACAGGGUGAUGUAGGAGUAUGUGUAUUUCCUGAUGUUCAUUCAAAGGAUAAAAGUCAUGUUCCUUUUAGCCCAGAUAAUGUAAAUCACAAAAUUGUUCAUGAAUAUCAGGAGGUUUCUUCACCUGUCAUUAGUAUGUCGCCUGCAUCGUUUGAGGAAAACAAGAUUGUAUCGAAGGAACAAAGUACUAGAGAAGAAGAAGCUGAUGUCAUGGGAGAAAUAAUGGAGAAUACUCUGUCAACCAGGAGCACAGCUCCUGCAGUGACCAAACAUGUGGGAAUGGAGAGUCAUUUUAUCACAGCGGAACCAAGUCCUGAGAAGAUCUUAGGGGUCUAUGGGCUUGAGGAUCAUCAGGAAGUUGCCAGUUUUUGUGUAACCAAAGGGACAGAAGUGGAAAUUCAAAGAGAGUCUGAGGAAAAUGACUCCAAAGCACUAGAAUCAGAAGAUAAAAGCCUUGAGCCAGCAGAAACGAAGGAGCAGAACCAAUUGCCAUGUGUCCAUGAUGUUGCAGUUACCAGUCUUUCUCAAGAAGUACUCCCGAGUGCAAGUUUCAGAAGUGAAGACCAAGAAGAGAACUUGGAAGAGGUUCAUAUGUUGGGUACUGCAGUUGCUUCAUCUGCGAUCGGGAUUCACACUCUUGAUUCAGGUCAGGGUCUUGGUGAGAGUCCUCCUGAAGAGCCCAUCACAGAAAACUCUAAAGGCAGCAGCAUGCUCAUGCUUCCUGUGCCAGAGAGUAUGCCAUCUAAUAUUCUAGAAGUCCAACAAGAAAAUAUGAUCAAUCCUCAAGACGUAACAGUGAAUCUAUUUGCUAAUCCAGAGCAAGAUGGAGAAGAUGAACAAGCAUUCAUUUUAACUUUGGUGGAAAUCCCAACUAAUACAACAGAAGGAUUUACUGAUGCCUCCAUGCAGUUAAUGCCAAGCUCUCUACUGCCAGCACCUAUAUUGGUCAAAUCUGGAAACACAGUAGAAAGAGGUGACCACAGUGAGAGUUUACAAACAACUUCAGUUGUUCAAGAUGCCAUAUGCUUGUCUCCUGGAAGUGGUGAUUCUGAAAAGCCUCCUCCUAAGGUGGAUCUUAUAUCUAGGAAGAGAAUUCACUGCAGUCCUGAUGAAAACAUUCUUGUACCUCCUGCCAAAAAGUCCUCAAUUUCUCCGGGAGUUGAUGGUCAAGAGUGUGCCUCUGAGGUAUGUUCAAAGGAAUUCAAUGUUUUUGAGAAAACAGAAGAGUCUUGCAUGGGACAAGGCGUUUUCCCUACUUCAGAGAACACACAUACAGCUCCUAAACCUCAAAAGGAAUACAGUGAACCAACUUCUCAGAAUGUAGAAUCGAGAUCUCCUGAUGAAAUAAAAGAUGCCUGUGUGGAAAAGACCAUGACUCAGUUGCCUCAGGAUGAGAUGGUGUCUGAUAAAGAAGAGAAGACUGGUCCUGUUUCUAGUUCAGAACAAAGGGAUAGCAUGACAUCAUCCUCAAAACCUCCUCUGACCAGACCUGGCAGAAGACCUUUGGGAUUUUUGUCUUUAAUAUGUCCAAAAAAUAGUUUGGACUCUGACGAAGCGACUCAAACCCAUAGUAAGAAGCGCCUAAAGCCUCAUAUACCUGCAUCACGACGAAAUUUGAAAAAACCUAAUCUACUUAAUACAAGCCAGAAAAAAAGUGAAGAAUCUUCUUCUGAUCCACUCCCAUCUCCAAGUAUUACUGAUCCUCAGUCUGAUGAUACUGGAAAGUCAGCAGCUCAGGUUUCUUCUGAACAGCCAUCGUUAAAAGAGAAAUGUAAAAGUGGGCCAAGACAGGCAUGUGAGGAGGAGGCCACCACAGUCUCGGAGUUCGUCUUCAGUGACAUCUUCAUUGAAGUGGAUGAAACAGAAUAAAGCCCUCUUCUGGGAUCUUCCUUUCUUCCUUUCUUUCUAUUUUUGUCAUAAGUGUGAAAUUUCCAGAGUCACUGAUGUCAGCAAAGCAGUGUUGAGAAAAGUACCACUGCCUGUUUUUAUUUAGGUCAAUUUUCGAAUAUUUAUUAAGCUUAGUUUAAAGCUUUUAUAAUCAGUGGAAACCAUUUCAUUCUGAAAUACCAAGCAAUUAAGACUGCUCUCUCUGACAGACAUUUUAACUUGUUUACAUUUGACUCCCCCUGUGCUGAGCACAGCUGGACUUGUGGAUACACGUCUGUAGAAAUCAUAGUGCUGACAUACUUGGAGCUUGACUGUAUUUAACAUUAGUGACCUUCUUCUGUACAGGUGGUUUUGUUUCUGUUGGUGUGUGUGUAUGUUUUUUUUUUGUUUUUUUUUUUUUCUUUUUGUUUUGGAGGGUGAUGAAGGUCUGUUUAUUUGCCUAUAAGUAUAUGAAAGCAAGUUGUGAAACUCCACUUUGGUAUGGUAAAGGUAAAACUUUUCUAUUAUUAGCUAUUUGACUGACAAAUGUGUAUUUUUCUAAUUCAUGGUGAUGUAACAUUAGUUCUAAUUGAAGAUCUAGUAUUUAAACUUGCUAUUUAUAAAGAUUGAACAUCAAAGAGAUUAUUUAUUUUUAAAUUUUUUUAUUUAAAAGCAUAUCCCGAUUUAAUUAUUUUCACUUAUCAGAUGUGGGCAAAGAAGGCAUUAACAAAUAAUUUGUCUCCUUUUCCUCUUUACUUUUAAAGCUAUUUUAAAAUGUCAUAAUUAAAAUGUUUAGGUGGUGUCUAUAUUUUCAAUACUUUUCUCAUACUUUAGUACAUUGAAUUUAUACUGUGAAUUUUUUUUUUUUGCUUUUCUUAUUUCUUCUAUUAUCUCAGGAUUUUUGUUGGAAGAAAAAAAAACUUAAUGUUAAGAGACAUGUUGUAUAAAACAAUCUUCUACAUACACACACACACCUUAAAAAAAAAGAAGAAAACAGUGAUAGAUUUUUCCCUACUAAAUUCUGCUCGCAGGAUGUGUAGGCUUUUAACCACAGAACAUGAUUCUUCUGCUAAAGCAGAAAAUACGACAGGAAAACUUUGCAAAGCCGUGAUCGUCAUCAUUAUGAACUUAGGUUGUUUUUUUUUUUUAAUUUUGAGACUUAGUGAUUUAUAUGUGUCUUAAUUCUCUUAACAGAUUUUCCUUGUUUCAAAUUAAUCUGAAAGACCAAAUUUAUUGAUUUUUAUUAGAAAAAUCUCAUAGCUCAGUACAUUAACUCAGUAGUUAGAAACUGUAGUGGCAGCUGUGUGGCCCUGCUGGUUCAGGAGGAGCAGGAACGUGCCUGGGCUAUUACUUAGGCGACAUGUCUUCGGCUAUAGCUCCGCGCUCCCCUCUCCUGCUAUAAACAGGGUUGUGUGUCCCAGACUAGCCCUGGACUCUGUAGAGGAUGGUGUUCUUCAGUGUGGUCCUCCAGUCUCCACUCCUAGAGCUGGGUUACAGGAGUGCAGCAUCAUGUGCAUCUUAAUGCCGUGCUGGAGUAGAGCCAAGGCUUCCCACAAGAGCUCUGCCAACGGAGCGUCCUGUCCUGGACCAAGUGCUUCUUAUCUGAAGGUGCUGAUGUCUCUGCUUAGGAGUUAUUUGUCAUAGGCGUUGUAAAAUGUGCCUACGAUUUAGAAAACUGUGUUGAGUGGAUUAUGAAAUGAUCAGUACUUCAAUUGGAAAAGUAUUUUCACAUCUAGCUAAGUUUCAUCUUUAUAUAUUGAUAAAAUGAUGACCACUUUUCAAGUUAAGUGAAAAAGAAAGUUUUCACUUUGGCUUUCUAGCCUAAGCGGGAAAGGCUAGUAGGGCUCAGUGAGUCUUAGAGUGAAGCUAGUCCAUUGAAACCUACCGUGAGCAUAUUUCUCAUUCUGUGUCUUAGGGUAAAAAUGUAUGAUUUUACAUCUUGAUUGUAAAGGAAGAUCUAUAAAUUAGAUGGAAAUUCUCAUGUGAUUAAUGUCACAAAAUCAUGGGUUAAUUCACAGUGCUAUUUCAAUGCCGUUUGUAAAUUUAAAAGUUUCUGUUUUGUAAAGGUUUUUUUUUUUCUUAAUGUUACUUGGGUUAGAUCACCGCGACUAAACUAUUAUUUAUCCCUGUAUAAUAUUUAUUUUUUUAACAUCUGUCUCUUGUUCGUCUGUAAAACUGAUUUUAUGUAAGAUGUAAUUUAUUGUAUAAAGAGUACAAGGGCGUUCGUUGUAUAGAGAAUCAAGUCAGUCACAAAUUGUCCAGCUGUUACAGCCUCAAAACAGAUGUUGGGAAGAGAAACACAAUCAGUGUACUUAGCUUUAAGGCGGAAAGAUCCCUGGUGGUGUAAACAUGCUUCCAGGAAUUUGUUAUAAAUCUGACUUUUUUCCUCCUGAACACUUAACAUCUAAGCAGGUGGCCAGUCAUGGUUUAAAAGUCUAAUUGCUGAUAAAUGAUUAAGGCAUAGAUAAAAAAAUGAACAUCCACUGUUUACCACCAUAUUAUUCUUAAUGCAGGUGACCAUGUAUACUGCCUUGCUUGAAGGAGUUUUUGAUAAAAGAAACAAUAUCUGUCAUUUGUAAAUUUUCUUGUUCUAAAGAAAGCAGUUAUGUUCUGUUGAUAAAAAUAAUGUAAAUAAAAAGUUAUUUUAUAUCAUUUUCGUUUUGUCCUUUUCAAAACAACAAAAGAUAUUUAUGCUCCAUUAACUAAUUUCAGUUUUCAGUUAUCAUCUAUACUUUAUAAAAAUAGUAUUGCCUGGUAUGGUGGUGUCUCAACUCUAUAAUCCCAUAACCCACUAGCAGGGGCAGGAACAGUGUGGUUUGACAAAGUGAACCCUUCGCUCUCAAAAAAU